UGUUUCACUGCUGGGAGUAAGACGGCGCUCUUAGGCAUCCAAUCUCGGGGGUAUGAUACCUGGUAAAUGCUGCGCUACGUGCGCUCAUCACUACAUUGACCCCAUAAACCCUAGAGCUCCUAGGGCGGCGAUGGCGGCAGUGGCGGGGCUCUACCGCCGCGUUCUUCCUCUUCCGGGCAUCGAUUUCACCUGUCGCGAGGGCAAGGAAAUAUUUCGCGAGGCUCUCGAGGAUGGAACCAUGGAGGGAUUCUUCAAGUUGAUCGCGCAUUUCCAGACGCAGGCUGAGCCGGCGUUUUGUGGCCUUGCCUCUUUGUCCAUGGUGCUCAACUCGCUGUCCAUCGAUCCAGGAAGAAAAUGGAAAGGUACACAGUUUGUUCUUUCUUUCUUUGCCACCUCCAUAGAUAUUUUUCUUUCUUCCACCUUACAAGCUUUCUUUGCAGGACCGUGGAGAUGGUUUGAUGAAUCGAUGCUGGAUUGCUGCGAGCCGCUGGAGAAAGUGAAGACUGAUGGAAUCUCUUUUGCCAAAGUUACGUGCUUGGGUGAGUGUUCUGGUGCAAGAGUGGAAGCAGUUCGAGCCAGCGAGAGCUCACUGGAAGAUUUCCGCAGCGUUGUGAAGAAAUGUUGCUCGUCGGAGGACGAGCACUUGAUUGCAUCAUACAAUCGGCAGCUUUUGAAGCAGACUGGCACUGGACAUUUCUCACCGAUCGGUGGCUACCACGAGCGAAGAGACAUGGCUUUGAUUCUGGACGUGGCAAGAUUCAAAUAUCCUCCACACUGGGUGCCAUUGAACGUGCUGUGGGACGCUGUAAACACCGUGGACGUAUCAACUGGAAAAUCGAGAGGGUUCAUGGUUGUUACAAAGCGAAGCGAACCACCUUCACUCUUGUUUACUUCGUCUUGCAAAGUCGAGAACUGGAGGGAUGUUUCUAGAUUUCUCAGCCAGGAACUCCGUGUAGUUGUGCGCAAUGGAAAGAUGACAAGCGUCGAGGAUGUCUUCUCCGCUAUUCUGGAAACCUUUCCGGGUAAGGUAACCGGGUUUGUGAAAUGGAUAGUGGAGGUGAGGAGAUCGAACGAUGAAUCUGGCAAACUGGACAACGAUGAAAUGCAGCGAUUGACUCUUAAGACAAACGUACUAAAUCAGCUACGGAGCACAGAUAUGUACAAGCGGCUGGCUGGAUGGCUCAAGUCGACCCCUUCGUGCCCGUGCGCACUGUCUGAAAAGAGUCUCACAGACGAAGUUGGCGAGGCAUCGUGCCAAGGAAAGAGCCUGCUGUGUGGCGGACUGCAUAAAUCCAAGAGCUGUGCGAGCUGCGUGAGCUGCAAGAGAAUGACAAGGACCACCGACGGCCAGGGUGCUGGCGUUCUUAUCGGCGAUGGCGGGGUCAAGGAUGGCAACGUGCAAGUGAUAGUCCCAACUGGUUCGUGCGAAUUACACCCGACGCCCGUCGAUGUUGUGACUGUACUCCUGCUCGCGCAGCCCAGCGAGACGUGGUCAGAGAUCCCCAAUUCGGAAGUGAGAUUGGAGUUUGUCAACUUGGGUGCAACAGACAAGCUUCCAGAUUUGCUUCAACUGGAGGUUGUACACCUGCAGAGGCAGCUGCGAGUGCUCAACUGUAGCGACGAAUGAACUGGGGAAAAGAAAACGAGAAAGAACUCCAAGCGAGAAACCAUGAAACUCUUAUGAACUUUGAACUUUCCUCCCUGCAGUGCCUACAGUGAGCUCCUUCCUUGCUGUGUUAACAAAACUGGAACUACGAACUAUCUGCCA